AUGGCCGGCCCAGUGUGGAUGUUGCUGCUGCUGCUGGGGUCCUUGGCGGAGGACAGGCCGUGGAAGAAGCAGGUGUACCUGUCCCACAAGGUGGGCGUCAGGGAGGAAUGCAGGAGCAACGAGGAGUGCCAGAGCACCUGCUGUACCACCAACAGCCUGGACCCCAGCAAGCACUGCAACCCCAAGACCAUCCUACUGAGGUGCCUGCUCUGGCGGAAGCCCAACGGGUACAGCUGCUUCCGCAGCAACUAUAGUCCUCAGAAGUUCUGCAUGCAGACCAUCUUCCUUCAGUGCGUGCCCCGGCGCAAGCCAGACGGCGACUUCUGCAGCAGCCACAGCGACCGUAAGAGCCAGUGCUGCAUCCAGCUGAGGGAGGACAGUCCCCACCGCUGCAUCCGCUGCUCCGUGAUCCUGGCCCGGUGCCUGCCCCUGCUGAGUCUGGAAGUGCCUCCCCGGCUGUGCGGGCACAGACUCGGCCUCCUGGUGCUCCCCGGCCUGCCGUGUCCAUCCUCUGCUAAGGCCAUCCCGUUCCACAGCCCUGAGACAGCAGCACCUCGGGUGAACCACAGUGCCGGCUCUGCCCCCCGGGACCUGGGGUCGCAGCAAGUGUCCCAGGCCUGUGGAGCUGCUGCCCGCUGA